UUCUCCCAUCUAUGCCCUCCCAUCCUACUCUCAAGUUGCAACUACUUUUGUGAUGCUUGUCAUGAAGAACAUGCCAGUUUAGCCUUCUGCUGGCACCUUGUAGUCUCCUACUGGAUGUCAGUGUGCCCUUCUGCCUACCAUGAUACCCGAAGGUCUGGACCAGAUGAUUAUACAUUUAUCUCAUUUCCAUCCAUUGACACUCUAUGACUACAAGGCUAGCAACGAUAAAAUUUGCUGCAAAGCAUCCAACCAAGAGUGUUCAGGUCCUGCCUAUGGCUGCAACAGAUGUAAGUAUUAUUUACAUGAAUCAUGUUCCAAAAUGACAUCGCCCAUCACACAUCCUUCUCAUCCGCAACACCCUCUUUCAAUUCCUUCCAUGUUUGAGGAAUCUUCAUCACCACCUUGCAAUUCCUGUGAGAAGCAGUGCGGAUUAUUUGCUUAUUGUUGCUUCACCUGCUCAUUUGCUCUUGAUGUAAAUUGCUUCUUGAUAAUGUCCAACACCAAGUAUGAAAACCAUGAGCAUCUUCUCACUUUGAUCGAGGAAGGCUGUUCAGAAGAUCUCUGCAAGAGCUGUAACAAGAUCUGCAAGGGUUUGUAUCUCAGAUGCGUGGAAUGCAGUUUCAAUCUCCAUGUUCAGUGUCACCCCUCAGUUCCACACACAAUCAACCAUCAUUGUCAUAUAGAUCCUUUGACCUUAGCUAACUUGCAUGAUCUUGAUCAGCUAGAUCCAGAUGAAGAGUUCUACUGUGAUGCUUGUGAGACUUAAAGAAAUCCAGAGGACCCUGUCUAUUAUUGUUCCUCAUGUGACUUCACCGUUCACAUACAGUGCGCACUCUCUUAGGUAAGGGACC